AUGGCGGGCGACGAUCUGCUCAAGAAAGGCAAGAAGAAGGGCGCGUCCGGCGGCGCCGAUGGCGGCACGACCCACGGCAAGAGCAGCGGCAAAGGCGCGGGCGUGGGCGGCUUCCAGCACCUGGGGCUGAGCCCGCCCGUGUUCCGCGGCGUCAUGGCCAUGGGCUACAAGGUGCCCACGCCCAUCCAGCGGAAGUCGCUGCCCAUCGUGCUGUCAGGCAAGGACUGCGUGGCCAUGGCGCGUACAGGUUCCGGUAAGACGGCCGCCUUCCUCAUCCCCAUGCUUGAGAAGCUCAAGGAGCACUCGACCAAGAUCGGCGUGCGCGCCGUGGUGCUGUCCCCAACGCGCGAGCUGGCGGUGCAGACGCUGCGCUUCGCCAAGCAGCUGUCCAAGUUCACGUCGCUCAAGAUGGCGCUGAUCGUCGGUGGCGAGGGCAUGGACCAGCAGUUCGAGGCCAUUGCAGCCAACCCGGACGUGCUGGUGGCCACGCCCGGCCGUCUGAUGCACCACCUGCAGGAGAUCCCGGACUUUAACUUGAAGGCGGUGGAGUACGUGGUCUUCGAUGAGGCCGACCGCAUUUUCGAGAUGGGAUUCGCUGAGCAGUUGCAGGAGAUUCUGAAGAACAUGCCCACCAGUCGACAGACGCUGCUGUUCUCGGCCACGCUGCCGAAGGCGCUGGUGCAGUUUGCGCGUGCCGGUCUGAGCGACCCGGAGCUCAUUCGUCUGGAUGUGGAGAACAAGAUCUCGGAGAACUUGAAGAUGGCGUUCUUCACGGUCAGGUCGCUGGACAAGCCCGCGCUGUUCCUGUACAUGGUGCGCGAGUUCUUGCCCAAGGGGGAGCAGACGAUUGUGUUCGCGGCUACGCGUCACCACGUGGAGUUUUUGCAUGCGCUGCUGGCGGCGAACCACAUUGAGGCCUCGUGCGCCUACGGUGACAUGGACCAAGCCUCGCGUAAGAUCAACCUGGGCAAGUUCCGUGCCAAGAAGACCAGCUUGCUGAUUGUAACGGAUGUGGCUGCCCGUGGUAUCGAUAUUCCGCUGCUGAACAACGUUCUGAAUUACUCGUUCCCGCCGACAGCCAAGCUGUUCGUGCAUCGUGUCGGUCGUGCUGCCCGUGCCGGCCGUAGCGGUACGGCUUUCAGCUUUGUAGACCCGGAUGAGUCCCCCUUCAUGGUGGACUUGCACCUCUACAUUGGCCGCCGCCUUGAGGACUCCUCGCCGGAGCUUACCGACACGAAGCCGUACUCUCUGAGCGAGAUGCGCGUUGAGGACGUGCACUACGGCGCUUUCCCGAAUGAGUUGAUUGAUCAGGAGAACGAGGCUAUUCAGGAAUUGAUGCGCAGCCACCCGCAAGUGUCGCCGCUGGUGAAGGUGUGUGACAACGCUUACAAGGCGUACGCGCGCACUCGCGCUGACCCGUCGAAGCUGUCCAUCCGUCGUGGUAAGGAGCUUGCCGUGAAGAAAAUGCACCCGCUUUUCCAGAAGGAGUACGUGCUGGAGAAGUCCAAGGCCGACAAGGCUGCGUACAUUGAUUCGCUACAGACUUUCCGUCCUCCUCAGACGAUUUUCGAGAUUGCUGCGGGCGCCCACUCGUCAGCGAAGCGUUCGUCGCCUGGUGUGCAGAUGAUGGUCAAGAAGCGCAAGUUGCACGGCAAGAUUAUCGCGACGGAGACGACGAAGGCUGCAGACAAGGUCAAGGCCAAGGAGGAGGCAGCUGCUCUUAAUGCUGCAGCGGAUGAGGAGGAAGCUACCGGUGCUACGUUCUUCUUGUCCAAACACGAGCGUAAGCAGCUCAAGAAGCGUGUUGCUGCUGGCGAAAAGGAGGAAGACGUGAUGAAGGAGUUGGCAGCUACCAAGGAGCAGGGAGCGAGCACCACUGACAGCAAGGACCAGGACGAUGAUGAAGGUGCCUCGACGUUUAAGGACGACGAGAACUACAUCGGCUACAUGAAGGACGGAGACUACACGACUGAGGGUUUCCUGGCCAAGAACGCGGACGGUGGCAAGGUGAACGCGUUCGCCGAGGCACGUCUAGAGGAGGCCAUCCUGGAUGUGAACCCGGACGAGGCCAUCGAGAUGAACAAGAAGCGACGCAUUCUGCACUGGGAUGUUCGCAAGAAGAAGUUCGUCAAGACUACUGCUGGAGAGCUCACGAGCCAGGGCACGCUCAAGCGCCGCAACGAGAGCGGAGUCAGCGUCCGCAAGAAACAGCAAGUGGGUGAGGUGUACCGCAAGUGGCAGCAGAAGCAGCACAAGCGCGUGGCCGGCGGCGGUGUGGAAAUGGAGGACAACGACGAUGCUGGCGGUCGCAAGCUGGACUACCGCAAUGGCAGGAAGCCGCGCGGUGGCGCUGCCAUGGCCAAGCGUAGCAGCGUGAACAAGUUCGCCAAGGACGAGCUCAUGAGCGAGGGCAAGAUCCGCAAGGAGGAGAAGCGCAAGGCGCGCUCGCGUGGUGUCAAGGUGACCUCGGGCGUCAAGUCAAAGCGCGGCAAGGGCAACAUCAAGGGCAAGAGCCACGGCGCUCCUACCCGAAGCAAAUCCAUUAUCAAGAAGCGGUAA